AUGUCCCCGGGGGAUACCAACGGGUCACAAUCAGUGGAUAACUGUCCCAGCAACUGCUACGGGAACGGAGACUGUGUUUCGGGCACCUGCCAUUGUUUUCUCGGCUUCCUGGGCCCCGACUGUGGCCGAGCAUCGUGCCCAGUGUUGUGCAGCGGAAAUGGGCAGUACAUGAAAGGCCGGUGCUUAUGCCACAGCGGAUGGAAGGGAGCCGAGUGUGACGUCCCGACCAACCAGUGCAUUGAUGUGUCUUGCAACAACCACGGCACGUGCAUCAUGGGGACUUGUAUCUGCAAUCCAGGGUAUAAGGGAGAGAGCUGCGAAGAAGUGGAUUGCAUGGAUCCCACCUGCUCAGGACGCGGCGUGUGUGUCAGAGGCGAAUGUCACUGCUCCGUUGGCUGGGGAGGAACCAACUGUGAAACUCCAAGAGCUACUUGUCUGGACCAGUGUUCGGGCCACGGCACCUUCCUACCCGAAACCGGCCUGUGCAGUUGUGAUCCGAGUUGGACUGGACAUGACUGUUCAAUUGGUAAUUGCGCCCGUGGCUUUUCCUCGCUUGCGCAACCCAGCUUUCUUGAAAGCAGUGGUUCUGUGGUGGAGUGUGUGCUGCGCAUACAAAGGGCCAAAGUUCCAUUCUGGGCAUCGCUAGUGGACGAGGAACUUGGGCAGUGGGUGCUCAGGAAAGACCUUGCCCUGUCUGAGAUGCUGCAAAGCAGUGUCCGGUUGAGGUCGGCAAUGCAAGUGGAGUAG